CAGCCCCCGCGGCGCGGCUCCCGGCAGCCCCCGCGCAGAGCGGCCAUGGCGCUGCUGCGGCAGGUGUACGCUGCGCUGCUCCGCCGCUCCUCCGCCUUCGCCCUCACCGUCGUCCUCGGCGCCGUCGUCUUCGAGCGCGCCUUCGACCAAGGCGCCGACGCCAUCUUCGAGCACCUCAACGAGGGGAAACUGUGGAAACACAUCAAGCACAAGUAUGAGGAGAAGUGAAGAUCAGAGGCUCAGCAGCAAGAUCCAGCCUGGGGUGGCAAAAAAAACCCAACCCUGAAGAGAAGGCUUUGGCCUCCUGAAGCUGAUUGUAUCAAGCUAGAGAUGGGUUCCUGCUUGAACAACUCCGAGCCAGAUGGUGUCAGCCACCUACUGAUGCAUGUAACCUGAGAUGGACUCAGGGAGUUCUGCUGCUGUCCUCAGACUUACUGUGUUAAAAUAAAACCUCCUUGGUCUGUA